AUGGGGAGCCGCUUCUCCAGCAUCCCCGCGCUGCCCCGCGGCGGCCAGGGCCGCCUGCACCGCGCCCGCCACCACCACCUCAAAGAUUCCAUAGGUGGGUCGUUUUCAACUUCCUCCCAUCGAUGCCACCACAAGCAGAAGCACUGUCUCCCUAUCCCACAGUGUGGAGCUCUGUCCAUCAGCCCUCUGCUUUUCCAUCCCCACACAAAGGGAUCCCAGAUCAUCAUGGACACAACACAGAAGGCAGUGAAGCGCCAGGCUAGCUUCUGCAAUGCCAUUACCUUCAGCAACAGGCCCAUUGUCAUUUAUGAACAAGUCAGGCUUAAGAUCACUAAAAAGCAGUGUUGCUGGAGUGGGGCUCUUCGACUCGGGUUUUCUUCCAAGGAUCCAUCGAGGAUUAACCCUGACACUCUGCCGAAGUAUGCAUGCCCUGACUUGGUUUCCCAAAGCGGUUUUUGGGCCAAGGCUCUGCCAGAAGAGUUUGCGAAUGAGGGGAACAUCAUAGCCUUCUGGGUGGACAAGAAGGGACGGGUUUUCUAUCGGGUGAACGACUCCGCUGCGAUGCUGUUCUUCAGUGGGGUGAGGACAGCAGAGCCCCUCUGGGCUUUGAUCGAUGUCUAUGGACUCACCCGUGGAGUGCAGCUCUUAGACAGUGAAAUCAUUCCUCCCGACUGCCUGCGGCCCCGCUCCUUCACUGCCAUCCGACGGCCCUCGCUGCGGCGGGAGACGGAGGACACGCGCCUCUCGGUCAGCCUCUGCGACCUCAACCUGCAAGAGGAGACCUUCCACAUGACAGCCACCACGUGUCCCAUCCCACAGAACUCCCUCAACUCCCAGCACUCGCACCUCCUCCCUUCCCAGCUGGAGAGUGAUCUCCGCUUCCACCACCUCCGGGGACCCCACGUCAAAAUCCUCGAUGACCAAACCGUGGCCCGUCUGGAGCACGCCCGGGAGGAGAGGACUUUGGUUUUCACCAGCAGACCCCUUAGGAUCAAUGAAACAAUUUUUGUCAAAAUCAACAAGUCCAACGCUGUGCGCACAGGGACGCUGUCCUAUGGGGUGACAUCCUGCGACCCCAGCACCUUGCGCCCCAGUGACCUCCCCUAUAACCCUGAGUCCUUGGUUGACCGAAAGGAGUUCUGGGCCAUCUGCCGGGUCGUGGUGCCCCUCCAGAGUGGAGACAUCCUGGGAUUUAUGGUGAAUUCGGAUGGUGAGCUGCAUUUGAGUCACAACGGUGCCGGCACUGGCAUGCAGGUCUGCGUGGACUGUUCCCAGCCCCUCUGGAUGUUCUUCGUUUUACACGGCGCAGUCUCGCAAAUUCGAUUGCUGGGUUCCACCAUAUUAGCUGAGCGGCUGGGGCUCUCCACACCGAGCUCGCCCCCAUCGACACCCAAUUCCCCCACUGUCCUCUGCAGUGGUGUCUCUGACCCCAUAUUGUCAACAUGUGGCUCUGGCCCCCUCUGCAGCUCUAUCAGUGGAACAGCUCCCAACUCUCCCAUCAGCUUGCCCGAGUCACCCAUCUCUCCGUCCGUCUCAGGGCCCUGGGGAGAUGAAUGUACCAUCUGCUAUGAGAACACAGUAGACACAGUCAUUUACUCCUGUGGACACAUGUGUCUCUGCUAUUCAUGUGGGCUGAAGCUCAAGAAGAUGGCCAACGCUUGCUGCCCCAUUUGCAGACGGGCCAUCAAAGAUAUCAUCAAAACAUACCGCAGCACUUAGAGGAGCAGCAGAUGCUGUGGUGAGGACUGGGUGGGUGGGGACGAGGUUGUGACACCACACAGGUCUUGGUCUCUAUUCAUCAUCCAGAAGACUUAAAAACCAUCACCCUCCCCCACCUUGAUCCCCUUUUCCAUGGACAACAGAUGAGACAAGCUUAGAUGCUGCUCUUCUACCCUCCAAGCAAGCCCUCUGAACUCCAUUGUGUCAGGGAAGUUGCAAUGGACCACUCUCCCUUGUGGAUUUUAAAAUUUACCUAAAAAAAAUCCAAGACAAACCCAGCUAGUGAGAUCAUCCCUUUUCCACAGCAGAGGGAAGUCUCCAGUGUUUAGCAGAGACAGCAAGCAGUAAAAAGGUCAGUGCUACACCUCUCCUUCCAAAAGACACCCAGUGUGCAGAGGGUAGCAGCAGAAGAGGAGAACCAAGCAACGUUUUCAUGUACAACCAGACUGACUGUAGGAAGCCCCUUUGAAAGGAUGGAGUGAGGCUUUGACCCAGCAUUACAGGUGCAGUGAGAGCAUUCACAGCAAAAAGGCUGAGACCACUCCAGGAUUUGUGAAGAAAACGCCACCCCAUGUCUACAGGCAGAAAAUAGCCCCAUGGCAGCCCCUCAAGGGCUGUCUCCUGCUCCACACUUGCUGUUCCCUGGCAGAAGCAUUCAUGGAAGGUUUGGCAGCUAACACUGGCACUGGCCUUGCUCCCUCACAGCAGUGUCCAGCCACCUCCAGUCACCAUCCUGCUGCGUGACAAGAGGCCCAAACCUCCCCCCCCCCCAAUGACUUGCUGUGCUUG